UUGGGGCAAUGAGAACAGGGAAACAGAGGUACUCAUUCUCUACUGAAUGGCAGAACUGUAGGGUAGGCCCAUAUGGCAACAGCAAUGAGAAGCAAAUGAAAUCUUUGAGAAAGAAAAUAAAUGAACAUAGUGUCUCAGAGUCACAAAUUAGCACAGGACAUAGUAAAAAGACAAAAUGAAGAAGCUUUAAAAUCAAGCUUUCUAAAAACUCAAAAAGACAUUUUGGCUUCCACCCAUAAUGUCUUUAGAACGGCAUACUACAUUGCAAAAAAUAACCGGCCAUACUCUGAUCAUCCUGGACUAAUAGAACUACAAAUGAUAAAUGGUGUAAAUGUUGGCCGCGUACUCCACUCAAAUGUUACAUGUACAGACAUUGUACAUUUUAUCUCAAAAGAAAUGAGGGAAGCCCUAUUGGCAAGUAUCAAAGUGACCCGACCAAAGCUAACUGUUCUUGUGGAUGAAAGCACAUCAUUAAGCAAGAAGUCUUGUCUUAUUGUGUACCUAAGAACGUCAGUUGAUAGCUCAGAGCCAGUGACCUUCUUCCUAGAUCUUCUCGAGCUAGAGAGUACAACUGCAGAUGGAAUCAUUAGUCAACUACUGAACUGUCUACAGAAAUAUGGUCUUGAUGAUGCUUUUCUGAAAGAAUGUCUGGUGGGAUUCUGCUCAGAUGGAGCCUCCGUAAUGGUAGGCAGAAAGAAUGGUGUCUACACAAAACUGAGAAGUAAGUACCCAGGCCUCAUAGGCUGGCAUUGUCUAAACCAUAGGUUGGAGUUGUCUGUGUCAGAUGCAGUCAAGCACUGCACCGAAACCAACCACUUCACAGCUUUUCUUGACAAGCUAUACUGUCUCUAUCAUCAGUCACCAAAGAACUUAAGAGAGCUUGAUGCUGCAGUCUCUGAAGUAGGUGUAUGCUUGAGGAAGAUUGGUCGCGUCCUCGGGAUAAGGUGGGUGGCUUCAUCUUUUAGGACAGUAAAUGCUGUUUGGACCAUGUAUGCUGCACUCUAUCAUCACCUCACAUCUGCAAGUGUAGAUGUGAACCGUUCCUCAAAUGAUAGAUGCAUGUAUGAGGGGCUAGCAGCAAAGCUGACGUCAGUUGCUUUUGUUAAAAACCUGGGACUGAUGAUGGAUGCACUUGAGGAGCUGAAAGACCUGUCUGAGGCUCUACAGUCGAGAGACAUUAGACUGUCUCAAUCAGUAAAUCUGAUCAAAAGACAGCUAGAUGUUUUUAAAACCAUGAGCAGGAACCCAGACAGUGGUCUGUUCUACAAAACCGCAUGUGAGGCAGAGCAGCAAGGUGUUUUUAAUGGCAUAACACUACGCAAUGACCCAAGGCAGAAGAUAAUAGAUCCCACAAGUUUUAUGCAGCACUAUGCAAAAGCAUGGAAACAAGGAUGGUCACAAGUGAAGAGGAAUCCCUCUUUCAAAAGGUCAAUGUUCUUGAUACAAAGACAUGGCCAAGCCCUCUACCAUUAAUGUAUGGUGAGUGUGAAAUAAGAGAGCUAUGCACUCUUUUGAAAAUCGGAUUCUCUGGUUUUAAGCAAAGUUAUAGGGACUUUAAGGAGAAUGCCAGUGUGCCGAUGCACAUGUCCCUUCUAAAGCUUAAGAAUGCAGUGGAAACCAUUGCUGUGAGCAGUGCAGAGUGUGAGAGGGGUUUCUCAGAAAUGAAUGCAGUUGUAACAUCAAUGCGCUCACAACUGAAAACUCAAAAUGUCUCUGCUCUAAUGUUCAUUCAAAUGGUUGGACCUCCUCUUACCUCUUGGGACCCCACGAAAUAUGUGAGGAAGUGGGUGGCUACCAGAAGGUCUGCAGACCAUUUAGCCUGUAGACAAAGAUGCACGACUACACAGGCUUCCCCCUAUCAGCCCAUCUGGGAUUUGAUGAAGUAGCUGGUCGUACAUACAGUAAUGUUGUUGAACUGCUUAUAUUGAUGUGGACUUUCAUUCCUCAA